CGGCUUUUCAGCGCCUCGCGGCGAGCGGGCUGCCAGAGCUCCGGCCCGCGCCGACCGUGCGCUCCUCCGCCUGCCUGCGCCGCCGGCCUCGCCCAUGUCUCAGUACGAGCCCAGCUCGGACUUCAAGAGGGCUUUGGACAGCAGUCCGGAGGCCAACACCGAGGAUGACAAGACCGAGGAAGACGUGCCCAUGCCCAAGAACUACUUGUGGCUCGCCAUCGUCUCGUGUUUUUGCCCCGCGUACCCCAUCAACAUCGUGGCUUUUGUCUUCUCCAUCAUGUCUCUGAACAGCUACAACGAUGGUGACAUUGAAGGAUCCAAGCGACUUGGGAGGAAUGCCAAGUGGGUGGCCAUCGCCUCCAUCAUUAUUGGCCUUCUCAUCAUCGGUAUUUCUUGUGCAGUUCACUUCACAAGGAACGCCUGAGCGGGCCAGCAGUCAGCCGCAAGCACGGAGGAUGGACCUCAUCCACACACAGGAGUUUCUGAGGAAUGGGCCCUUGACUUCAGACUGUGAGAUCUCUUCCUCCAGGACUCUCCAGAGGCAGGUCCCUGGCAAAUGAACUUAAAACAAAAAAAGAAAGAAAGAAAGGCUAAAAAAAAGGAAAGAAAAGUGAAAAAAAAUCCAAAAUUAAGGAAAACCAAGCAGCAGAGCCAGAUCAGCCAGUCGUUGACUUAAAAAAGAAAAGAAAAACUCAAAUCUCGCUGUCUGAGUUUAGGGAAAGCCUCUGUGUCCAUUCCUCUUCUGCUGAGAUGAGCCUCAGGAAAUCUCAUUUCUUCUAAUGGGGGGGAGGGGGAUCCUAGGAAGAGCAAUGGAUGCUGUUGUCUGCAAAGCUGGGCACAAACAUUUGCAGCAUGUUUAAAGUUGUCCGACAGAGUGUAAUUUGCACAGGGUUUUUUUUUUUUCCCCCAUGUAUUUUACAUGUUGUAGCUAGUGAGUCCUCCUCCAUCCCCGCCACAACCCCCAAAAUUCCAUCAGUCACUAAAGAAACAAAUGAAGGGGCUUUCUGGCCUUUUGUCUUCCGAUGAUCCCCUCCCUUGCUUGCAUCCACCACUGGUCACUUCACUCCCCACUUAAAGACUCCGAGAAUGUACUUAAUGGCCAAUUCUAGGUACAGAAGCACCUUCCCCAUCCCAGUUUCGGAAAUAAACUGGCUGUGUUUAUGGAAUGUGCUUUAUUCCAAACUCUCCCUCUCUCUUUUUAGUAAGUCUCAGGCAUGAUCUUUGAUCUUCCUGGAUGCCAACCUAGAAGAUGCUACCCACUGUAUUUCUUUUCUGGCAAAUGCAACCCCUUCAGGUGUGAUUGUACUGGUUUAAUGAUGCUAUAAUUCUGCCCACCAGAACACGCCAACCCAGUGUCUCACAGAAUGCAAGGUGUGUACCACUGGUGGUACACAAGGACAUUUUUAAGUCCUUUAUAGGCACAACAUUAAGUGACGCCAGUCACAAAAUAUGUUUCCCCUUUUCUAGUCUUUUCCAAUGCUGAUUACAGCAAAGAGAAAGUCUCUGGUUAGUGCUCAUGGGUCCUUAACACACUUGUGUUACUUUAGCUCUUUUCCCAUCUUCUUAAAGAAAGAGCAGGCCUCAUGUUCAAAGUCUUCUGUCUAGAUAGAACUUUAGUAGCACAGUCCUGUUUUUGUUGUAUUUCUUAUAUUAAUUACCUUCCAUUUACAGUUUCCCCUUAGGCAUGUGAUAUAUUGCUUCUAUUCAAAUAAAUUUACUCAAGAAAAAUAAGUGGACUCAAAGAAAAUAUCCAGGGAUUAACACAUCAGAGGAUAUGUAUAUAUGGCAAAAAUAACUUCAAGAACUCAUUAGAAACACAGUGAUAAUGAACUUUCCUAAGCAAGAGAAAAGGCAGCUUAUUCUAAGUGAAUAAACAUGAGGCUGAGAAUCAAAAUACCUGAGUCCCAAUGCCUCUUUUGCCACUAACUAGCUAUGCAAGCUGAUUUUAGGCAAGUUUCUUAGCCUCUGAGUGCCUCAGAUUUCUUCAUCUAGAAAAUGGACAUAAGAACACCUACCUGCUACAUACCUCAGAGCGUUGUUAUGAGAAUUAAUCGCCGUAAUAGAUGGGAAUGCCCCUGGGGGGAGAUUCUAAGUGCUAUACAAAGACAAAGCAUUGUUCUUAGAUUACUAUGAAUCUCAGGAGGUUGUUAAAAUCCUGGACCCUAGCAAAAAAAUAAACGUUGAGAUGAACGUCAGAUUCCACCUGUCAUUUCACUUGGAUGCCUGCCAUGAGCCAGCACUUGUCCCAGGAGAAAACUGAAACAGGGCCAUGAAUUCUCAGCACGCAGAGAUCCUAGCGUCAUUCCAGUGUAUUAGGUCCUGAUUUCUGUUUCAGACAUCUCGUUUCUUCUUUGUUUGUGUUUGGGUCCCCAAUCUUUUUCCUAAAUUAAAUGAGAAGGGUUGCUGAGAGGCUGAAUAAAAAUGGUUUUAAGUAAGCCUGUUUA